GAAGAACCUUCUUAGUAACUUGUGGUCGGGUCAGAAGUGGGGCCCAUUGGGGACAACGAGAACAGCAUCUUUUAACCAAUCUCGAAAUAACAAAGAUUCGUAAGAAAAUAAUAGAACAAUUGGAUCUGUGACUCGAAAGUUCGGGAGACAUCGGAGGAACCCUAAAUUAAAUGAGAAGGAGAGAGUGAGGAAAGAGAGAGAAAAGUAAAAAAUCAUGGAGCCAGAAGAGGAGAAGAAGAAAGAUGGAUCGUACAGGUAUUGGGUGCGAGAAGCCACAGCAGAUGCAGCUCCUCCUCCUAUGCCCCAGAAGCUCACCAACAACGACGUCGUUUCCAAUGCUCCUCCUGCCCUCGGCUCCCUCUGGAAUCAGGCUGGCACUUGGGAGGAAAAGAAUCUAACUAAAUGGGCCACUGAUCGAUUAAAGGAGCUGCUGGUGUCAGUGGGUUUAUUGCAAUUCUCUUCUGGAAAAGCUGAGAUUAUAGAUGUUAGCAGAUGUGUUGGAGAUGCUUUUUUAGUCACAGUUCGGAACAAGAAAAGAGUUGGCUAUACUUACGAGCUUUCCCUCAAAGUCCGAGGAGAGUGGUCGUUUGAGGAGAAUACGAUGACGGUGAAGGCAAGUCUCGACAUUCCUGAGUUCUCAUUCGGCGAGCUUGAUGAUCUUGAGGUGAAUGUGAACCUCAGCGAAGACAAAGAGCUUUCCCAGCAACUGAAGCAGCUGAUUCGGUUGGAUAUGAAGCAGUUCUUGGAGCCUAUACGCCUGAAGCUCGGCCAGUUCGAGCAGGAACUCAAAGAUCGAUAGUGAUCUGAGUUUUAUCAUUAGACUUCUUUUCAUUUCAUUAUCAGCCAUUCUCAGUUACCAUCAAGAACUUGGUUAAACAUUAUACGUUUUUCGUGUAUUCAUGCUUUACCAACAUUUCCACCGUUAGUUGUCCAAGUUCAAUUCAUCAAUCAGCCUUUUUAAGUCUUAUCUAUAAGGAAAAUGCUUCAAUACAACCACCAUACUAGUGUCAAUAAUAACUUAAAUUAAAAACAAAAUGUAUGAAGAAAACAAAAACUGCAGAGGAAUACAUGAUUUCAAGAGCCUAUAAUCUGUUACAGAGGAACUCACUCUUCACUUUUCUUCUUUCUGCUGGGCUCACUCAACGCCUUCUUAGCCCUUUUCCACUCAUUCACAGAAGUCUCGCUUCUCAUAAAACCGCAAGUCUCCCCUGACCCAAUCUCUCUCCUAAUCGGCCUCUUCCCAACCAAUUUACUUCCUCCACUCGCAUUCUUAGCCUUAGCAAUCUGCUGAUUCUCUUUUAAGAUUCCCAGAGGGGUAUUACUACUAGUCCCGUGGACUCCCGCAGCCUCAACACCAUUGGUGUGACUCGAGUCUUCCCUUUGUUUCAUUCCACUUCCACUCUGGUUAGAGUAUGUGAACUGGCCAUCUACACUGUUGUUCACACUAGCUGCUUCACUCUUCUCUGAAGCUAAAUUCGGGAAGAGUUGAGUUAUACUGAAUGAAGAAUUCGUGUCCCUUACCAGCUGAGUCCAAGAAGCCUUCUGAAGCCAUAAUGAACCUCCUCCUGACUUCUUAGAAGCUUCCAAUUGUGCUUUCUCUGCCUCUUCUUCGUCCGCAUCAUGAUCCACACUAUCCUCCAAGACUAAGCUUUCCUUUUCUGCAUUCAAAUCCUCUACUACAUUCUCAUCCUUUUCCACUGUUUCAGCAUCCACAUUUAUGUCAGCAACUUCAGUAUCUUCUGGCGCUGAGUGGUCUGAAACUACAACGUCACCAUCUUCUGACUCUGAGUGGUCUGAACCUACAACGUCACCAUCUUCUGGCUCUGAUUGGUCUGAACCUACAACGUCA